AUGGAUCACAUAUCCACGCUCUGUGCCCUGAGCACCAUCGGGAUUGCAUCCUCUGGUCUCGCACUCGGUCGGGUCGAACGAACCAAACAAAGUAUUUUACGGCGCAAGACUUUGCCUUACGAUCAACCAUUGCCUCAACUCACUGAAUCAACGCCAGUCGAUGUUCGCCCCGAAACCUCUCGAUCGGGACGACCGAACCCCGCGGGGGCGACUUGGACACUUAAUGAAAAUGAAACCGGCAGCGAUAGUUCGCGGGGUAAUCAAUCCCAAGGGCCGGACCUAAGAAGAGCAUCGCUGUCCUUUGGCGCAGCCAGGUUUCGUCGUCGUGGUCAAACCUUGACCAACCCACCCCUCCGCAUUCCAGAAAAUGAGCCAGCUGAGUCGCACUCUCGGCGACCUUCCACCGGUUGGUUGCGACGAUUGUCAAUGGCAUCCUUUCAAAGUGAAAGCCCAUUGACCAAUAGUCCUGUAACACCGUCCUUCAGUGGAUCUGCAAGCCCUAUUUUCCCGCGUCCGCAGAGCCAACGCAGGUCUCCCAACAAACUGGUUAAGCGCAUGUCCUCACAACAUUCCAAUGUACAACCUCUUUUCGUCAACACAUCUGUUUCGACCACACCAGGUUUGCGCAGACCGGCCACCAGCUACCAGCGGUCGGAAACCAUGCGAUUGCAGUCUCCUCUUGUUACCGAUUUUGAUUCACGUUUCUCGGACCGGUACUCGGUUGAAUCACCGGCGAUCGAGGAGUUCGAAAUCCAGACUCAAGAGGAUUGGAAGCCAUACUUUCACCCAAGAUCUGAGGGUUUGUCUGAAAAGUUGGCGCGAAAAGUGCCUUCGACUAACCCAAAGGCUGCCAGUGUGCGACGAAUAACUUCCGAUCAGGAGAGUUUACCAGCCCUAGUCCUUGCAACCACUAUCACAACCAAGGCCCCUGCGCAAUUGGAUCAACAAACUACCCCUAUCACACCGGUGGUGUUCCGUAAUCCAUUCCAGACUGAGACCCCUGCGGUCGACCAAAUCACUCCUCUACCAACCCCUCCACCGGAAAAAAGGAUUCACAAGCACUCUUAUUCCUUGAAUGAUAUAGAGCCUAAGAAGAUUGUGGUGAACACUGUAACCGCAUCUGGUACUCCGAUCAUUGGGCGGCCCCGUGGUGGCUCGUUGAAGCGUGUGAAAGGAAGAACAUUUUCUAUUCCACGGUCAGAGCUUUCGAGGCUAGAGAAAGCAAUCCCAGGCUCACCCCCAGCACUACCGCAACGACGGAAUAUUACUGACCCUAGUGUCUUUCGUCGGCCACAUGCUCUUUCGCCGCCGGGGCUAUCACUAUCCAGCUUCGGGAGGGAGUCCCAGGCUGGGCCUCGAUCGGUGUCGCAAGAUUAUACCAUUGGUAUGUCUCGACAACGACCGUUGACUUCGGAUGCGGUUGCUUUGUCAACUUGGCAGCAUUCCUGUCGACCGGAGGGCAAUACGUACUCUUCUCUACGUCGUCGUCCGAAGCGGCACUCAAUCACCGCAUCAGAUCCACCCUCCACAGUAAUUGGCUCCGAUGACACACGUGUAUUCACGUCAAGUGAUGAAUACGAGACCGAUAUGAUGACAGACUAUUGGGAUUCAAUUCGAACGCGUGGGACCAAUGGGGACGGAGUGAAAGGUCUGCGCAUCGAGACGAUGUUUGACAAGGCAGGCACGCAACUCUCUAAUGAGGAAGUCACGACCCUGGAAGAUCUUCUCCCGCGUGGCUCCUUCGCAUCUCGCAUGGAAAGAGAUCCACCACUUUUCUCGGGUUCACUUCUUCCCGCGGCCCCUGUCCACAUCAACGAUAUUGCUUCUCUGUCUGGGGAUGAAGAUGAGACGUGUAGCAUGAUCGGACCACUGGGUGGUGAAAAAGAUGGUCCUUAUUCACCCCUUGCUAUACCUUUAUCAGAGCAGAACUGCUCUGGUCUUCCUGCCAUGUUGUCGAGCUCCCCCAGCGACGAGUUGCACGUUAGCCAGAAGAUGAACAUUUUCGACUGGUCGGAGCAGUCGCGGACUGAUCGUGACAUGUCAGACUCGGAUGCCCGACCAAGGACGGUACAUGGGAAGCAGAAUGGCCUCGAUAGAGGCAGCCGAGCAGCGUGUCGCAAGGUUCCCUCGGCAAUUCACCUUCGGAGCCAAAGUGUGCCCGUGGCACGAGAAGUUGCCCAAAGUGAUUCACGUCAGACUUCGGGUAAAUUUGGCACCUGGGGUCUGGGUAGCAAGGGCGUCAGUGAGGACUGGGACAGCGAUUUUGACUUUGAGGAUGACGCCGAGGAGGCUACUCCCAGUCAAGAUACCAAGACGACUGUGUCAGAAGGGCCUUCCCAAAUCAUGGCAGUUCCACAGGCCAUCUUGGAGCGCCAGGCCAGCCUUCGAGGCCAAUUUGGUCAGGUACAAGAACUUACGCUGUUGGUGGAGGAAUUGAAGCGGUUGAGACACCAAGCAAGUGUCUUGGGCCUUUUGGGUGGACCGUCGAGUGAGUUGUGGAAGGAAGCGGAAGGGAUCGUUAAUUUGGCUACUAUCGACGAGGAUGAAGACCGUCGUUCGCCUCCCGGUUCGCCCUCUUCGCUCACUUUCAGUUUUGAUGAUUCGGAUGAAGAAGGUCUGAAUGUUUCGUCGAAGUACAACAGUACAGCUUCAUGGCAAGGCAGCCCUCCGCAACCAGAUUCUCUAUCCCCUCCACCUUUCAACCCACCCAAGGCAAGCCACGAGAACUCCUCACAGCAAGAAAGCCAGCUGUAUGGCUCGCCAUUCCAGCAACUUUCCAAAAAUUCACCCAAAUCCAAGUCUGUACUGGACGUUCUCCAGCCUAGUCAACGCCCCGAGAGCUCGACCCUACCUCGGAUCACUCCUUCCUCGCGUUCUCAGAAGCUUCCGUUUGAUACAUCCUCUCUAAGGGAUCUUGUGGUUCGCGCCGGGGUGGUCACUCGUGCCUUGAAGGAGGUGAUUCGAAAGGCCGAGGGUGUCGAUACCAACCCGGAAGAUGUAUUUCCCUCCGAUCCCCCAUUUCGACGAAUCUUCGACCAACCCUCUCAAGAUGACUUUGCGGAUUUUGAGGCUCAAUUAGCCGAGAUGCACUGA